AUCCGGCACACUUGAAAACUUACCCUCACCCUCUCAAAUAUUCUGCUGAUUUGCCAGGAAUCCUGUGCUUAACACAAAAUAAUCCGGCUGGUUUGGGAACGCUGCAGAGGAUUUUAUGAGAAGGCGAGAAGCCAGAAGGCGCGCAAGGGUUGGAGUAUAUUGGAUGGGACUCCCAACAACUUAGUUGGAUCUAGAUGAGAUUGGACUCGGCUUGACCUUCAGGUUCUGCAUCCAUAAAACACGGGGAAAACAUGCUCUCCUGGAGAAUAACUUUGUUCUGCGCCCUGCUCCAGAUCAUCCAAGGGUCUACUCAGGGGUUGUGGGAAUCGAAUUCUGGCUCCAUCAUCCAUUCACCGCUUCAUGGCAACAGAGGCAGAGAAGAGGUAACCGUGCAGAGAGGCUUGCACAGGCAGAAGCGUCAAGCCGGCUUACCUGUGAACCACACCAUUGUCGUUGAGAUACAUUUUGCGGAUUCUUCCCUGGAGAACACCAUCAAAAGUUACCUGAGCAAUCUUAGUCUUCCAAUCUUGAUAAAUGCCUCUGAUUCAACUGAAAAGAUUUCAAGCAUUCAGCUUACCACAGUGUGCAACUCAGCUGGUAAUCGUAGCACUAAUUGUUGCUGUGAAGAUGGUUAUGGGUGGUCCAAUGAAGUAUGCAGGAAUCCAGCAUAUCCCAGUACCACAACAGCGUCAGAAGAGCACCGCAACUGUAUUUCACAACUGCCUUCUCAAGAAAUCUACUGCCUGCGUCAAGAUCCUGGAGGUCCUGAAGAAAUCUUCAUAAGAAAAAUGUACGUCCGACUCAAUGUAAAAUUUCAGAACGAUCUCAGGAAUCCAUCUUCUAAGUUGUAUAAGCAAUACAAAAGAGAUUUGGAGAAUGCGUUUACUAAGGGCUAUGGAACGUUGCGAUGCUUCAUAAGUUCACAAGUCACAGGGUUCAGGAACGGAAGUACUGUGGUUGAUUAUAAGGUAACAUCAGCAGGGGACAUACCGGUUGCAAAAGCUAAUGCAAAGAUAGCCGAAGCCUUAAACACCUCCUACCAUUUAGAUCCUACCUCCUUUGGGAACUAUUCAGUGGAAAUCUAUGGUGGAACAAACAUCUCAAUUUCCCCCAAACCCUUUUUCACGGGGGACACGGUAACCAUCAGGUGUGACUCGAGAGUGGCUUCGAGCAACGUGACCUGGCAUUUUGGGGGACAUGCAAUCUCCAACGGCAGCCAGCACUCCGUAACAAGUGCCUUUUCAGACACAAAUGCAUCAUCGACGUUGAAAAUCCGAAACAUUUCCCCGACUGACUCUGGCCUUUAUAGCUGCGCUUUUACUGAAAGGGAUCGUUCACCGACCACGAUACACUUAGGUGAGGUUAACAUCACAGUUUCUUCAAUCCAAAUCGUGAAGUCCGGGGACAUUGUAAUGGAGUGCAACGGCGAACAGAGAGAACUGAGCUGCUGCGUCGAUACAGAAAUGAGUUUCUUCAAUGUUCAAUGGAAACCGAAUGGAGCGAUCAACAUUUCAGGAACCAACUAUUCCACGUCCAACUGCACUUACUACCUCUUGCAGGCGAAUGAGACCCAGUGCCCAGCAAGCAAGUCAGGAACCAUCACAACUUAUACCUGUGAACUGAGCACGGCAGAUGGUGCCCGCCAAAGUAAACACAUCAGUGUGAAGUAUUUGCGGAAAGCAAACAUAGCCCUUGAUUCAAACGUAAAUGGCCAAGUUUCGGAGGGGUACAGUUUCUUCCUAACGUGCCGAAGUGAUGUCAGCAACUAUGACAAAGUCAGCUGGCAAAUCCAAAAUGGAAACCUUACUGAUAUCGACAGUUUGUGGUACACUACCAAAAGUACUGAAAACGAAGCAGUGUCAGUUUUGGCUGUACAGAAAGCUAACCAGGACUGGAAUGGCACCUACACUUGUACCUUCUUCCAAGAGUUUCUGGCCAGCUCUGCGCGUCUGGCAAUGAAAGUGUUCUCUUUGCCUCUGGAACAAGACAUCACCCGAGAUCCCAUCCAAGCUGUUGUCUCUUGCCCAGGAGAACAAGCGCUGAAGUGCUGUGUAGCCGCAAGCAAAGCAGAGAAUUAUGCUGUGACAUUCAAGUCCGACAAAAACCCUUCCGAUAUCCCGUAUGAAAUGAAAAAUGAAGGCAACUUCAUCUGCUACAAUGGAACACUCCGCUUUAAUGACUGCAAAGACAUCAAACCUUUUAAUGUAUUUUGUGAAUUCACAAACCAAAUUAACGGGAGGGUUCGGAGUUCACCCAUGAACUUAAGGCUUGCACCAAAAGAUACUAUUACAUGUAACUCUUCAGAAGUUGGUUUGGGAGGGAUUGGAGCAGAAGCCAUAAAGCCUUGUCCACAGCAGAACAUCACUGUCCAAGGAGAAGUCACUUACAAGUGUGAUCAUACGCAGCAUUGGGUCAUUGCUCGAAACAGCUGUUUGUCUGUCCCAGUAAAUGAUCUUGUCCUUAAGGCCGAGUCUUUGGUGUCCAGCCCUGCUCCCAUUCAGGAAUUGCCCGCAUACCUGAAAAACCUGAGCGACACUGUAAAGAAUGAAAAAAAAGAUAUAAGAAAUUCAUCGGCAGACCUGGGAGCUGUGAUUAAAAUUUUGAAUACAAUUUCAGUUAUACCCGUAGAAGCAGAGAAGAAGAAUGUGGAAAAUUUUUUAUCCACAGUUGAUACCAUCAUCAGCAAUCCAACAGAUACGUGGAGUGCUGUUAAGAAUGGGAGCUCUCAGUUAUUGGAUUCAGUAGAGCAAUUUUCAAACUCUCUCUUAGCUAUUAACAACACUAUUCCUUCUGUCACCCUGGAGAAUGUUCAGCUCCAAGGAGUUGUCGUGAACUCAACCAACUAUUCAGACUACAACAAGGAUUUUAUUUUCUCCAGCCUCUCAAACCUCAGUGGUAAUGUGCUAAUCGAUGAGAGGCAAAUUAAAACUGGGAACCUAUCUCAGUCCACAAUCAUCAGUGUGGCUUACUCAAAUCUCAGCCUUAUUAUCCCACAGGAUGAACAGAAAAAAGAAUUAAUAAAUGGUUUGGUAAUAUCUACAGUAGCGAAGCCUAGCCCAAAUAACUCCUUCCAGAUCAAAAUGACAUUUGCAAAGAGUAACAAGUCUCUGAUAGAUCCUCGGUGUGUCUUUUGGAAUUUCAGUUUUUCGGGGGACCAAGGUGGCUGGGAUAACACUGGCUGUGAAAGUGAAAAUAACGGAGAGAAUGUCAGUUGCACUUGCAAUCACUUGACCUCAUUUUCUGUGCUGAUGUCUCCCGACGGACAUAACAACCAUGAUGCACUGAGUUAUAUCACUUACAUCGGCUUGGGCAUUUCCAUAUUGAGCCUGGUGGCCUGCAUUGUCAUCGAAGCUCUCGUGUGGAAAUCAGUGACCAAAACAAGAAUAUCCUACAUGCGCCACGUUUGUAUACUGAACGUUGCCAUUUCUCUCCUGAUCGCGGACGUCUGGUUCAUUGUGGUUGCAGCAAAAAAAAAAAUGGACGCGAACAUCUGCAUAGCAGCCACAUUUUUCGUCCAUUUUUUCUACCUCUGUGUUUUCUUUUGGAUGCUCUCCUUGAGCCUAAUGCUCUUCUAUCACUUGGUCUUCAUUUUACACAACACAAGCAAAACCGUCAUGAAAGCAGUCGCUUUCUGCUUGGGUUAUGGUUGCCCUCUGAUUAUCUCAGCCCUCACAAUAGCUGUCACUUUACCACAGCACACUUACACAAGGGACGAUCUCUGUAUCCUCAACUGGAAUGAAAGCAAAGCGCUCUUGGCUCUGGUUGUCCCCGCCCUGGUCAUUGUUGCCAUUAAUGCUGUAAUAACUGUUGUGGUCAUUGGGAAAAUACCAAUACGUUCCAUCGGGGAAAGGUCAAGAAAUGACGAAAGGAGCUCAUUAUAUCGGAUCACCAAGAGUAUUGGUGUUCUGACACCACUAUUAGGACUUACCUGGGGAUUCGGCUUAGCUACCGUUUUCGAAGGAAGUUCACUCGUCUUCCAUAUUUUAUUCAACUUCUUCAACGCCUUUCAGGGAUUAUUCAUUCUGUUGUUUGGAAUUCUCUGGGACAGAAAGGUACGAGAAGCCUUGCUGAGUAAGUGUUCACUGUCCAGAUGGAGUUCACAGACAUCAAAGUCAUCAACCCAAGGCACUUCAGCUCCCAUGCUCUCCAUCAGUUAUCCCUUCUCCAGAGCAUUAAACAACUUGUUUGGCAAAGCAGGAAAAUAUCAAGUCUCUACAGAAUCGGCAUCUUCAUCUUCCGAAAACACUUCCAAGGCUUAUUCGUUGCUGACCUGAUCGUGUGGACACCUGCCUUUUUGAAAGGCCUCAGGGUAUUCUUUCCUUCCGGAUAAAGCAAUAAGAAAGAACCUGUGAAUAAUGGAAAUUUAGCCUGUGCCUUGAUUGCAAAAGAUGGCAACAUAUUAAUUUAACACAUUAUAUCCCCAAUGUGCCGUGAGAUGUGCGGAUGGCGAAUUUGAAUACCAACUUUGCGCGAGAAGGAAGUGAGCAAUGGAAGCCCCCCCACUGUGGUUCGAUGCCGCGUGUCUCAGAGCAGUGGCAGUCCCCCACUCCCUGAGGUCAUUUUGGCCUGGAACCAGUUGGACUCAUGGACACCAAGUUGUAUUUUUUGUAUUUUAGUUGUAUUUUAACAAUUGGUGGUCGCUGAUGAGGCUGCACUUCCCCAGUUGUACCAAAAAACACAUCCACAAAGUUCAGUGAGUUCAAGUAAGGACUGCAGUGCAGAAGGACGUGUACACCCUGCCACAAUUGUGUGUGUGGCUACGUAUGCAGUAGGCAGCUUACACACCCAGCUCUCCCUUGCUGCACCAGUUCGUCGGUAUAUUCAUUCCCCCAACAGUUUAAAGUAACGCCUCUACCAGGGUCCCACUUUCAGCCUUUUAAAUUCCAUACAAAGAGAAGCACUUUAUUUUUGUACUAUAGAAGAAUUACCAGUCAUACUGAGAUGGAGUCUCUUUUUCUGUAUACAUGUAAAUAUGCAUAUUUAUGACACUAUUCAAUAAAAGCU